CGAUUCAAUCUUGAAAUCCUUAAAGACUGCAAGUAUAUUACAAGACCAAAGGACAAAAUCAGUAUGUGUAAGUAUCUCGACAACUCCGGAUUCGGACCUUUGAUCGGCGGUGAAGGUUCUGACUACUCUCCGAGCUGGUACGCGACUAAUCAGUUCAUGCUCGAAGUGAUUUUUCACGAGAAAAUGAAGAGAUAUGAGUGCUUGACGAGAAACUCGUCGUUGGCUUCAGCUAUUUACGUACCUUAUUAUGCUGGUCUCGAUUUCCGGCGACAUUUACGGCGGCGUAAAGUUGCUGCGAGAGACGCCGCCGGGAAGGAACUUGUUAAAUGGCUUAAAAAGCAACCUCAGUGGAAAGAUAUGUCGGGUAGAGACCAUUUCCUAGUAACCGGUCGGAUUUCACGAGAUUUCCGGCGAAACUUCGACAAUAAGUCCGGAUGGGGAACCAACUUCAUGCUCUUACCGGAGUCGCUAAACCUCACUUUCCUCACCAUUGAACGAAGUCUAACGAGCCACAACGAGUUUGCAAUUCCUUAUCCCACUUACUUUCACCCUACGUCAACCUCCGAGAUCCUUCGCUGGCAAGACAAGAUCAGGCUCACUAACCGGACGAUCCUCUUCACAUUCGCCGGAGCUCAAAGACCAAUCAGAAACCAGAACGGUUUGGUUCGCACUGAAGUUAUAAAACAAUGCAAGAGUUCAUCUAAUACGUGUAGGUUUCUUGACUGUGACGUCAAAGCCAAUAGCUGCGAUGAUCCGAUCAGUCUGAUGAAACUUUUCGAGAGCUCAGUUUUCUGCUUACAACCACCGGGUGAUUCGUUAACCAGAAGAUCGGUAUUUGAUUCAAUCUUGGCUGGUUGUAUUCCGGUUUUCUUUAACCAAGGUAGCGCAUACAAGCAAUAUACAUGGCACAUACCUAAGAAUAGUAGCGAAUAUUCGGUUUAUAUACCGGUUAAGGAGCUUAGAACCGGGGGAAAGAACAAAAUCGAAGAGAUUUUGCGUGGAAUACCAAAUGAGAGAGUGGUUGGUAUGAGAGAAAACGUAAUAAGAUUGAUUCCGAAGAUUGUGUAUAGUAAACCAAACCGGAACAAACCAGAUGGAGAGAUUCUUGAAGAUGCUUUUGAUGUUGCUGUGAAGGGAGUGGUUAAAGGAAUAGAAGGGAUAAGAAGAAAAGAAUUCAAGACUGAGUAACUAAUUUUAUAAUUAGACAACAAAAAUGAAUAUGUCCUACAUUU